AUGUUGAUGGCUUUGCAGGAGUUAAGAGAGGCGGGAUUUGUGGAUGAAACAGUUCAGCUCCGAGAAGGAAUGCUCCCUGAUGAACGGAUCAAAAGCAUUGUUUCUUGCGAGGAUAAAUCUGAUGAGGACAGUGAUGAGAAUGAAGAUGAAGUUAUCAAGUUGAAACCAUGGUUAGAUCCAAAAGCUUUAGCAGAUGCUUUGAGUAAAUGGAGCCCUGAAGUUGUGUCAACUUUGGAAGAUGCAAAAUUCGUCUGGACUACUCGUUUGGUUUGUAAGAUCCUCAGAAACUUGAAAUCUCCUGAAACAGCUUGGGAUUUCUUCUGUUGGGCUGCUUAUCAGUCAGGAUUCACUCACGAUGUUUACACAGUACAGCGAAUGAUAACAGUAUUAUUCCGGCAUGGGAAGGUUGAGCUGGUUGAUCAGCUCAUAGCAAAGAUAAGAAAUGAAGGGAUGGAAUUGCCGCUUAGUAACAUCAGGUUGAUAAUCGAGUUCUAUGGAGUUUCUGUCAAGAACCAGUUGAUCCCCAAUAACUCGAGUUGUUGGGAGAAGAUCUUCCGUGAGGAUAGAUUACUUUGUGGUUACAUACACGAAUUCAACUUGAUGAUUCUGUAUUCAGCCCUCUUGCGAACUCUGACCAAUUGCAAGAGAGAGAUGCUCAGUUGUGGGAUAUGCCCUGAUAGUCAAACUAUUUCUGCGUUGAUGUACCAUUUCGGGUUACAAGGAGAUGUCAAGACAGUGUGUAAACUGUUUAUGACUGUGAGACAAAAUGGUGUUGCUAUAGAUGGUUAA